AGGUAGUAGGCAAUCCUCCACUCCCGGCCACUACGCCAUUCACGAGCGAGCAACCCUAGCUAGCUUGAGGUAGCGAGAGAGCCAAUGGACUCCGCCAGCGGCUUCCUCCCUGCCGGCGCGGCCAACGGCUCGGGGUCGGGCGGCGGCGGGCAGCAGCAGGCGGCGGCGCCGAUCCGCGAGCAGGACCGGCUGAUGCCGAUCGCGAACGUGAUCCGCAUCAUGCGGCGCGUGCUGCCCCCGCACGCCAAGAUCUCGGACGACGCCAAGGAGACGAUCCAGGAGUGCGUGUCCGAGUACAUCAGCUUCAUCACCGGGGAGGCCAACGAGCGGUGCCAGCGGGAGCAGCGCAAGACCAUCACCGCCGAGGACGUGCUCUGGGCCAUGAGCCGCCUCGGCUUCGACGACUACGUCGAGCCGCUCAGCGUCUACCUCCACCGCUACCGCGAGUUCGAGGGCGAGGCGCGGGGCGUCGUCGGCCUCGCCACCCCGGGCGCCGCGCGCGGCGGCGACCACCACCACCCCAGCAUGGCGCUCAAGUCCCGCGCGCCCGGCGCCAUGGCGCAGCACCACCACGACAUGCAGAUGCACGCCUCCAUGUACAGGGCUCCCGCCGUGCUCCCGCCGGGCGCCCCGCACCACGGCCACGGGUUCGUCAGCAUGCCGCACCAUGGCGGCGGUGGCCACCAGUACCUGCCGUACCCGUACGAGGCCGCGUACGCCGGCGAGCACGCCAUGGCCGCGUACUACGGGUCCGCGGCGGCGUACGGCGCGCCCGGCAACGGCGGCAGCGGCGACGGGAGCGGCAGCAGCGGCGGGAGCGCGUCGCGCACGCCGCAGGGCGGCAGCUUCGAGCACCAGCACCCCUUCGCGUCGUACAAGUAG